AUGGCUUAUCGUCCAAAUGAUGGAUAUAAUUUAUCAUUAAAAGGAAAUUCAGUUCAACCAUCAGGAAAUAGUUCAUCACGUUCAACUAGUGCAAGAAGUCAUUCUCAAGCAAAACAACCCACAACAUCAGCAAGACCAGGAAGUGGUAAAGAACAUCGAAUAAAUUCGAAUAUAAGUAGUGCUCGACAAAGACGCAAUAGUAAUCAUGGUCAAAGACCUGCCUGGCUUACAUCACCGACACCUGAUGCUAAACAAUCUCCAUUAAUAUCAUCCAAUGCAUUUCGUGGGUCAAGUCCACAGCAUGAUGAUGUCGAUGCAUUUUUUACUGAUCGAGAACAACAGCAACAACAACAUCGACAAUCAUUUCAACAAAAACCUAAUGAUGAUGACUGGGAUGAUACACAUCGUUGGAUUGAUCAACUUCAUCAUAUAGAUUCUUCAUUUACUCCACAACAACAGCAACAACAACAACAACAACACAGUCGUGGUGUAGGUCCUGUAGGUAUUUCACGUGAUAGUCUUAAUGGAGGAACAAAUCUUCUUCAAUCAAGUCAUAAUCGACGUGGACAACAUAUGCCAGCAUCUCAGAUGGCUGGUAUAUCUCAAGCAACACCAAUUGAAGUUGAUUUAAAAGCUAAAAUGGCUUCAAUAACUAUUCAACGUUGGUAUCGAAAAAUUCAAAUGAGACGUAAAAUGGCUGAAGCAGCAUUGAAAAGAGUAUUAGAACAAAAGAAAGUUGAACAUUAUGCAUCAAUGGAACGAACAAAAGAAUUAGAAAAAUUAUCUUUACUAGAACAAAAAAGAGCUCGAGAUGAUAAACAACGUCAAGCACGAUUAACAACUCUUAAAGAAACACAACAACAACAGCAACAACUACAACAACAACAACGAAAAAAAUUACAAUAUGAAAAUCAUAAUAAACUCGAUGAACGUCGUCCAUCAACACCUAAUCAUCGACCAUCAUCAGCUAGACAACGAACAAAUCAUGGUCCAUCGCCACUUCCACCUUCACCACAUAUUGAUGAUAGAGUCACAUCUGAUAGUUCAAUUACAUCCAAAGUAACAUUAACUGAUGUUUAUGAAACAUUAAGAAAAUUAGAAGAAGUCGAACAAUUUCCUGUACAAUCUUCACCUGAAAACGAUUCCGCUUAUUUGAUUGAUUCAUCAACACCUCCACCUAUUGCCAAUGAAGUACCAUCUCAACCUCCAAGUCGUGUUGAUUCUAUUUUAUCUUAUUUGGAUGAAGCGAAUCAUAAUGAUAUUACUCUUGAAAGUGUUCGAUCUCAAAAAUCGACCGCACCUUCUACAGUUCGAUUUACAACUCCACCUCAAUCAUCUCGACAACAUCAACAACAACAACAACCAAAAAAAUUAGCACAAUCAGUCGCUGUACCACAAGUUCGAGCGUCACCAUCAGUCGAUCAACAAAUAAAGCAUCAAAAUAAAGUAACAACACCACAUAAGUCCUUAGCAGUUACUGUACAACCAAGAAAAUCACCAGAUGAAGAAUUUCAAUAUGAUGAUAAUGAUGAUCUUGAUCAUGAAGCAACACGUACAGCACAAGAUGUAACAGAAACAGUUCUACAAUUAAGAAUGGAUAAUGAAGAAAAACAACGACAAUUGAUGAUUUCUCAGCAAAGAUUGAACCAACAACGUGAAUUAAAUAUUCGACAUGCAAAAGAAUCUGAACGUGAAUUAGAACAUCGUUUACAAUUACAAAAAGAUGAUUAUGAAAGCACCAUUCAACGUCAUUUAUCAUUUAUUGAUCAGUUAAUUGAUGAUAAAAAGAAAUUAUCCGAGCGCUGUGAACGUUUAGUUACUGAAUUAAAAACUAUUGAUAAAAAAUCUAGUGAUCGUUUAAAAAAUAUGGAAGAAUCACAUCGUAUUGAAUUACAAAAAUUAAAAGAUGUUCAUGAAGCAGCAGAAAAAUUACGACGUGAACGUUGGAUUGACGAAAAAACAAAAAAAAUUAAAGAAUUAACUGUUCGUGGUUUAGAACCUGAAAUACAAAAAUUAAUUGGUAAACAUAAAGCUGAAUUAGCUAAAAUGAAAACAGUUCAUGAAGCUGAAUUAUUAGCUGCUGAUGAACGUGCAGCUCAACGUUAUGUUCGUAUGACAGAAGAUUUACGUGAUCAAUUAGAACGUGAAAAAGAAUCAGCUAUUGCUCGUGAACGUGAUUCAGCACGAGAAAAAUAUGAGAAAGCUAUACGUGAUGAAGAAAAAUCAUUUGUUGAACAACGUCGAAGACUUUAUACAGAAAUCGAAGAUGAAAAAAAUCGACAAGCAGAAUUAGCAACUAGACAACGUGCUGAUCUUGAUAAACUUCGACGUGAUAUUGAAGAAAAUCAUCGAACAGCUGCUGAUGCUGCUAAACGUGAAUAUGAAGCUAUACGUUUAGAAGCAGAACGACGACAUGCAAGUGAAAUACAUGAAUUAAAAGAAAAAUUAGCAUUAGAAAAACAAAGUUGGGAAGAAAAUUAUAUGAAAAAACAAGAAACAUCGUUAGCUACGAAAGAACGUGAAUUAAGAGAACAAAUGAGACGUGAACGUGAUAGAGAAAUUGAAAAAAUUAUUUCACAAUUCGACUCAGAUACAUCAAUGACUAAAGAAGAAGCUGAACGUACAGCAGAAAAUCGUGUCAAACGUAUUCGAGAUAAAUAUGAAGCAGAAUUUCGAGAACUUGAACAUUCAGAAAAACAAACAAAAGAACGAUAUAAUCAAAUGAAAGCACAAUUAACAGAAACUGAUGGUGAAAAUGAACGAUUACAAGUUAUACUUAGACAAAAAGAAACAGAAAUUAAUGAUAUUAAAAAGAUAACUGAAACAUUACAAAAAGAACGUGAACGUUUAUCGGAUAUAAUUCGACAAGAAUUUGCUGAUCGACUUGUAUUAACUGAAGAAGAAAAUCGUCGUAUUAAAGGUGAUAUGGCAGAAUUACGUGCUCGACAACAAAUAGAAUUGGAUAAGAAAAAAGAAGAGAUUGAUUUAUUACAAAGAGAUAAAGAAAAAGAAUUGGAAACUGUACAUGAAAAAAUUAAACAAGCAAUUAGUAAAAAAGAUGAACAAGUACAAACAUUACGUACUCAAUUUGAUGCAGCAGUUAAACGAGCUGAUCAUCUUGAAGGUUUAUUAGCACAACAAAGAAAAUUAAUUGCUACGACACCUUCUAAUAGCAAUAAUACACCGAAAAAGACACAACCAUCCUAA